CUUGAAGCCUGGCUUGUUGAGAUAAAAAAGCGAAUGGAAUUUGAAAAAGCACAGAUUAAGAUUCUACCAUGGAACAGUAAUAAGAGGAAGCUAGCAGUGAGUCACCUGGAUUGGCAGCCAGACACAAGCUUCAAACUAAGAGACAUUGUAACAAGCAAAUACCGGGGGUACUACGGUCAAGCAAAAGCUUGUAAGUUAACUCCUGGUCAACUCCUUUGUCCUGUUGAUACAACUCAAAGGGAAGCGAUAAAUUUAAAGGAAAAUGUCAUGACAGAAAUCAAUUCAGUUAAAAUGAGUUUGGAGGAAGAAGGACUUGAGGCGAUAAGAGUGUCUUCAGGUGAUCUGAUCAAGUCUGGAGAUUUGCAGAGUACUUUGGUAAAUGAAAACAAGACUGAGAAAAAUAGAAGUAGGGCUCGUUUGGAAGAGUGGCUUACCGCAAAGGGUAAGACACCGCACACGGUCAAAAGAAAUGUUCGGAGAGAAACAUUUGAUGUUGUCAGACUCAGUCCAGAACUAGAGCAAUGUGUUCCAGUGGAUGAGGAUGCCCGUUUGGAAAGAAGUGAAGUGGAUGUGAAUUGCGCCCUCGAUGAAUGCCUUCACAGCUGUCUUGGUUUCAUGAACGAGAUAAAGAAUGAAAGCAAAGUUAGUGAUUGGCUAGAAGAGCUACAUGAACGCUGCCCUCAAGUAAGAAGUAGAGCUUUGUUUUGGGUU